AUGGAUUCCGAUGAAUACAGGAUGAAUAUUCCUCCAGGUUUUCAGUUCCUACCAACGGAUAAUGAACUGAUUACAUGUUAUCUGUGGAAGAAGGCAAAAGGCAAGCCAUUACCUUGUAACUAUAUCCUCGACUGUGAAAUUUAUGGCGACAAAGAUAAGGAGCCGUGGAAGAUUUUUGGUGAGGCCACGUCCGAAACCUUUUAUGUAUUCACCAAAUUGAAGAAGAAGGGCAAGGGAAGAAGGAUCGAUCGAAUCGCUGGUUCGGGGACUUGGAAAGGUCAAAGAACAGAUCCGAUUAUGGAUUCAAACAAUAAUCAUAUUGGGGAUAAAAAACUUUUCAGUUUUCAAGUUAAAGAACGCUCUCAUGAUAAAGAAAACGGACAUUGGAUCAUGACUGAGUUUUCUCUUCUAAACGACGAUCAAUUCUUACACUAA